AUGGAAAAUCGAGGGAGUGCCGAGAAAACCGUGAAAAAUGGGCGUAAAUCCCAUCGAGAAAGGAAAAUGGCUUUGAUACAAGAUGUUGAUAAGUUGAAGAGGAAGCUCAGACAUGAAGAGAAUGUUCACAGAGCGUUAGAAAGAGCAUUUAGGAGACCUUUGGGGGCUCUUCCUCGUCUUCCUCCUUAUCUCCCUCCACAUACAUUAGAGCUUGUGGCUGAAGUAGCAGUGUUGGAGGAGGAGGUGGUUCGACUAGAAGAGCAGGUUGUGAAUUUCAGACAAUGUCUAUAUCAGGAAGCUGUGUACAUUUCCUCCAAGAGGAAUGCAGAAAAUAUGAACGACCCAAUUGACCAAAACUCUAUCAGGAGCUCCAAACAUCGAAGGUCAAAAUCUUUGUCCCAAAGUGAGGUUAAUUCAACUACCAUGGCCAAGCCUCAGCUUUCUCUUGCAAGAAAUGCUUCAAGUAGAAAGCUGUUCUCCUCUGACAUUGUCACUGAUCACACUGGUAAGCUAGUCAACGGGAAACAAGAUUUGUUAUCAUCAAUCACAGAAGAGGGACAGGGAAAAGAAAGUCCAUUGUUUUGUAACACUCUGAAGGAUAAGCAAUCUGCAGAUAAGAAAACGGUCAAAGUCAUUACUCCAGUAAAGAAAUCUCCAAUCAAACAAGAAUCAGCUGACAAGUGUGUAGAUCACUUGAAGUUGCAGCUGGAGUGGAGAUUAGUAGAUCUGGAAAGAGCACAUUGUUUCUCAAGUUCAUCAGAUGAUAAGGCAUCAGAAGUUGAUAGCACACCCAACAAAGUUUCAGAGGAUAUCGUCAAGUGCUUGUGUAGCAUAUUUGUGAGAAUUGGCACAUUCAAGGACAGAAUAGGUGAAUCAAAAACGCCUUCCCAUUCUACAACUGCUUUCAGCCCAUGCAGCAAGGAAAAGGAUAAGUUGUGUGAUCCAUAUGGUAUCUGUUCAGAAUCCAAAACGACAGAUAUUGGUGCAUAUAGUAAACUGUGUGAGAUUAAAGCCUCAACUGUUGAUCUCAACCGAAAAAGAAAUGCAGUGUUUCUGAUCCAUAGAUUAAAGUUCCUACUUGGAAAGCUUGCCUCUGUGAACUUGAAGGGUCUUAAUCAUCAAGAGAAACUUGCAUUUUGGAUAAACACUUACAAUUCCUGCAUGCUGAAUGCAUAUUUAGAGCAUGGUAUACCUGAAAGUCCUGAAAUGGUUGUAGCACUAAUGCAGAAGGCAAAAAUAGUAGUGGGGGGCCAGUUGCUCAAUGCAAUUACAAUAGAGCACUUCAUCUUGAGAUUUCCUUAUUACCUGAAGUUUACCUUCCCAAAAUCUGCAAAAAAUGAUGAGAUCAAAGCACGAACCAUAUUUGGGUUGGAAUGGUCUGAGCCCAUGGUUACAUUUGCACUUUCAUGUGGAAGCUGGUCUUCACCUGCGGUAAGGGUGUACACCGCAUCACAAGUUGAUGAUGAGUUAGAAGCAGCAAAAAGAGAUUAUUUACAAGCAGCAGUUGGCAUUACAAAAAGAAACAAGUUGGUAAUCCCAAAGUUACUGGACUGGUAUUUACUUGACUUUGCCAAGGACUUGGAAUCUUUGUUGGAUUGGGUCAGCCUCCAACUACCCGUUGAACUCAGAAAGGAAGCAGUUGAAUGCCUUGAAAGAAGGGGAAAACACCCUCUCUCACAGCUUGUACAAAUGAUGCCUUAUGACUUCAGUUUUAGGUUGCUUUUGCACCAAUAA